GAAGGCUAUUUUGGAUUUAGACCAUGCUUUAGUCGCGGUACUCCGACCUGGCGCGGAGCAAAAUUAGUUUGGCGAGCGAGAGAAAUGAGAGAAGGCCAAAGAGGAACGAUCUCGAGGCAGCACCAAGCAACUCCUCCAAGCACCGCUCCUCUCCCUUUGCUGCUUGCCCUUUCGUCUGUGUGGGUGUGUCCAUCUCCCUUGACUUUGAAUUGACUAGACUUGACUUGGCUUGACUUGAUUGUGUAGGUCCGCUGUAUUUGGUUGGAGUGUUUUUAGAGGCAAAAAGACGACGGCGAAUUGGCAAUCUACAACCCCACAGCGUAAAAAAGAACCAGUCAUUGUUAUAUAGCACAAUGGCCUACUUAUCCACUCCUCGCAAUGGCGCCGGUGGCGGCAGCGGCGGCUUCAACAAGGGAUCACCCCGCAAGAUGCAAUUGGAAGAAGGUCCCAUUCGCGACUUGGUGCAUACGAUCGAGAGUACGCGUCCCGAACAAUGGCAAAAGCGGACGCAAGCAUUUACCGAGUUGGUGGCGCAAAUUCCCACGGGUGCCGAAUACGCCCGUCGCGAAGCCUGGUACAAUUCACCGCCCAAUUUGCGACAUUUGCAUCAACCCAUUGGCGAAUUGCUCAAAGAUCCUCGGAGUACUGUCGUCAAACGAACGUGCGAAUCGUUAUUGCGACUCUUUGCCCUCUGUCAAGGCGAUGCCAAAUAUCUAUUCAAGGAUUUAAUGCCCGUCGUGUUACAGGUGCAUGCCCAAACGGUCCAAGUGAUUCGCAAUCAAGUCCAAUCGAUGGUCUGUGAAAUCAUUCCCAUUUGUCCCUGUAAAAUGGCCAUGCCACUCUGGUUGGAUCGAUUAAAGACGGACAAAUCACGCACGGUCCGAGAAGCCUGUGUGCUUUAUUUGGACAUGGGCGUCAAGCAUUGGACCAUGGACGACGGCACGGAUCAACAACAACCCUACUUGUCCGAAGAAAAUUGGGUGCAAAUUGGAACCGCAUUCAUCAAGACACUCCGGGAUCCAUCUCCCACGGUGAGGUCGUAUGCCAAAUCGGGCAUUGGAACCAUUCGAGACAACCAACCCGUGCUGUGGGAAGAAAUGAUUCGAGAUCCCGAUGGGCCCGCUGGUAAAGACAUGAAAUUGCAAAAAUGGCUCAUCAAAGUUACCGAGCAAGGAAAUGCCGUCGAUGGAGUACAAAAUGACGAACUCAGUGUCGCCAGUCGAUUUUCCCAUUACAGUACCGCCUCCAAAGCCAACAACAAGGGCGUUCCUGGUACUCCCAGCAGUCGUAUACAGCCUCCGUCGACAUUGAAUCGUCCGUCGUCACGAGGACGGCCAUCUACGCCGGGAGGAGGCGCCGUCCCCAUUUCCAUUAGUGUCGGUGGUGGCACUAACAAACAACCCGCCAAACCCGAAACGAAACCACCGCAAACACGACGAGGAUUGGGACCUCCGUUGCGUCGUCCGUUUGGACAAGUCGAACCACAGCAGCCGACGCUGUCGCCGACCAACUUGUAUACCAACAACAACAACAAUAACAGUCCUGCCUAUCCCGUGCCCCAAUUGGGCACACCCCCACGACCUCCCAUUGGGCGUGGGCGACACAGUAUGGGAGGAGGACCCCAGCAACGAUCUCCAUCGCCGUCUCCGCGACGACCGGAAGCACGGCAUCAACCUCCACUUCGUUCUCAUUCGUAUACGUCGGGAGGAUCGCUGACCGAUUUGAGAGCGCCAGAAGACAAUAGUGAUGCUCGCAGUGUCGCCAGUCAUGUCCCACGGUCGUCCAAUGGUGCAGCGCGCCCUCGACCCUCUCCCGAAGGCAUGAAUGGACACGCUGUGGCGGCUGCGGAACGGCAAGUCAUUAAUUUGAUCGACAAGAGUGGAUCGCCACAAGAUCAGCAACAACAAGAUCCUCCUCCCAUGGCCAGUACCGGAGUCUACAGUCAUGCCAGUUCCACGGACAUGUUGCAGAAUGUCACCAAGAGUAUCGAUCAAACUUUGGCGCAUCCGUACGUGCAACAACAACAGCAGCAGCAACAACAACAACAGCCUCCUCCGUAUUAUCCACAGCAACAACAGCAACAGCCACCCGAAGAGGGUGAAAUCGAGGAAGGACCUUUCAUUGCCAGUAUGAACGAAUUGAAACAACACGCGUCUCGUAGACGCAGUCGUCGCUCCAUUCACAUGAAGGAACGAUGGUCGCGGGGAGAAAGCAUUGGAUCACCCAUGCCGCCCCACAAUGUCGCUUCUUCCACACCCGCCGAUGCCGUGAGUAGUUUGGGAGGAUCCAUGAUGUACAAUAACAACAACAACCAUCAUCAUAUGCAUCCCGAUCAAAAUCAUGCACAACCAGAUACCAGCAAACCAUUGCCCCCCACGCCGUUGUUGCCGGAACACUACAUUAUUGCCGAACAAUUGCUCCGGGUCCACAAGACGCACGUUGACCAAAUUAUGGAAACACUCAAAAUCGAAAUGGACACGUUGCGGGAUUUUGAACAAUCGUUGGAACACGAACAGGCGCCCUCUCCAGAGCAAGUCUUGGAUUACUUUGAAUCGGUCGGACUGUGUUUGGAUCAACGCACCACGGCUGGGAAUAUCAUGCAACGUGAAAUGGAUCGCAUUAGUAAAGGUGCCUUUCAGCCGGCGGCGAAUGGAAAUAAAUGAAUACAUGCAUGAGUGAGUGAGGAUGAAUAAAUGGAAGGAGGGAACCAACGAGACGAGAGCGAGGUUUGGAUGGAUGGAACAAGAACAAGUGAGCAGACGAGGAAAACGCAAGCAACAAGAGAACAACGAGAGAGACUAUGAGAGAUUGGCGCCAACAAUUUUCCAGUGUAAGAUGAAUAGUAUGAGCGACUAACUUAGUUAAACAUUAAAAAGCAGAAAGUGGAUCAAAUGACAAGGGUCUUCCUUAGCUUCUCGAAUAGCUCUACUUUAUAUUAC